CAGAGGAGAGGUCACGGCGUGGAGCCGCUGACGCCGCAGCCGCCGGUACCACUGCGAAGUCUGAGCGCCGGGCUGCAGCCAUGGCCUACUGCCGGCAGGAAGGGAAGGAUAGAAUCAUAUUUGUGACCAAAGAAGACCAUGAAACUCCAAGCAAUGCUGAGCUGGUGGCUGAUGAUCCCAAUGACCCAUAUGAGGAGCACGGAUUGAUCCUGCCAAAUGGAGACAUUAACUGGAACUGCCCGUGCCUUGGGGGAAUGGCCAGCGGCCCCUGCGGGGAGCAAUUCAAGUCGGCCUUUUCCUGCUUCCACUACAGCACUGAGGAUGUCAAGGGGUCAGACUGUAUAGACCAGUUCCGGGCCAUGCAGGAGUGCAUGCAGAAGUACCCGGACCUCUAUCCCCAGGACGACGAGGAAGAGGAGGAAGAGAAGAAGCCAGCAGAACGUCUAGAAAAGACAGCCUCCGCUGAGGCCGCCGCAACCAAAGAAGAGGAGGGGUCAAGCUAAUGAAGACCGUGCCGCAGCACCGGGCUCCGGAUCUUCCACCUCAGAGUGACAUGAACCUUUUGCAAAAUGCCUUUCGGUCACUCUCCAAGAAAGUGUCUUUCCUCUGUUCUGUGCACUGUAAUGUACAAAAUAACUUAUUUUGAUCAUCGGGGGUCUUGGCCCCUUGAUAUAUACACUGAAAAAAAUGGGGUUGUAUGUGGGUGCCUCACAUAAUCCUAUCAGUUACCGUAGCUGGCACUUUUGAAUUCUCCUCAGAUUACCCCAAAGUUUGCCACUUUGAAAUAAUGUGCUGAAUACUCUCAGCAACCAAAAAUCAUUACCUAGUAGCGUCUCUUGUGGGUGAGCUGAUUUAUUCUGAUUCAUUAUCUCCCUUUUAGUAGAUUUUAUACCUGUUUGGGGAAUGACAUAGAAACAAAAACAUCUUCCUUUUAAAAUGCUGGGAUGGGGCCAUUCCUAAUACAAGAGGCCAGGUAAUCAGAUACUUAUUUCUCAAAAACCAUCUUGACCUUGAGUGUAUAAGGAGGUAUUAUGCUUCAUUUCUGAUACAUUUCGGUUUCCAUUUUUACAUUGAGCUCUCAGUUUUCUUUUUAGAAAGUGGAGCUUUGGACCCUCCAGUUCACAGUCCCUUUCUAAAUGAAGAAAAGGCUGAGUUUUGCUGUUCUUGGUAUUCCAGAAGCCCUGGUUUGGGACUGUGUUCACAUUGGCUCUGCAGCCUGUUCAGAUGUAGUAUUCUUGAGAGUGGGGACCUACUUGUUACCAAAGUAGCAGCCAAGAAGAAAAUAUUAAUUAAGUGGUCAAUUAAAAGGAAAAUGUGGUUUUUACCUGAUUUUGAAUGUAUCCUUUCUUUUUACUAAUUAAAAAUGUUUUUGGCAUAAGGAAAUAUAAA